CCCCUAUUCCAUUUCAUUACAAAAAUAACGAGAACUAUUAUACUAAAAAAAAAGAAGAGAAAACUAAUCCCUCUCUCUCUAAAUUUGAUCUCUGCAAAACCCUAACCGCCACGAAGUACAUUGCGGCAUUCAUGGCGUUUUUUUCUAGGGUUUUAUAUUUUUCGAUCCUCCGGUCAAUCUAGAGUUUGAUUUGAUCCUUUUGUUACUGUCAUCUGCUCUCUCUCUCGUUCAGUCCUUUUUCUGCAAUUUUCUCUCACUUUCAGUCCUUUUUCUGUAAUUUCGGAACGUUUUGUUGGCUUUUGCUUAGUAAUUCGGCUUUUGAGAUAUAUAUGUAUAUAUAUAAAUAUAUAUGACGGGUCGACGGUGAUCGUACUGAGCUUUAAUGGCGCCUCUGGCUUAGGGACCAUCGCUUCAAUGCAUGCAUUUUAAAGGCGUUCAGUAAGAAUUCAAGGGCUUCUUUGCUUUUGGCCUUUUAUUUGUGUUUCUGAGAUCUCUUGGACUGUUGUACAGUGCUCAGCCCAUUUUUUAAUGGCGUACCUGGUUAAUGGAAAAUCAGACAACCUUUGGUGCUUGGAAAUAUUUUUUAGGUUUUACAUGUGAAGGUAUGUGGUCAACGUGUGUUCGUUAAGCAUUUGCAGAGGGAUUUUAGCUCGUCUUAAGCAGUGGCUAAGACUCAUCUGAAAAGUUUUGCAUCUUUUUACAAAUGGUGAUCUUCGUAGUAUGAACGAACUUUUCAACCUUAUUAUUUAAGGUACGCUAAAUGGACAAAGUGGAAAUUUGAUCACAUCUAGUUGUGGUGUUUCUUUUGAAAUCAAAAGGAGUGUCCAAUCCUUUGUACGUGACCACAGAGCAAAUUGUCAAUGUUUUGAAGUUGAAGACUGGUUACUGAUGGUUCAUGAAGAUCUAGGUUUUAUCAACGUCUCCAAGUGCUAGUGUGAUAUUUGGUUUCUUCAAAGUGAAAGUGAUUGAUUUUUUAGUGUUCGGACUUGUGUUAUGGCCUUCUCUGUGAUCACAAGCAUUUGGCAUGUGAGCUUCUGGUACAGGCAUUAUGAGAUCCUUUCAUGGCGAAAGAGUAUUAAUCUUCAGUGGUUAUGAUAAGGUCUUGUGAUAAUUGGAAUUUUAUUUUUAUGGCAUGAAGCUUCGAACUGGGGUCUUAUAGUUUUUGUUCUGUUUUGGUAUUCUAUGGGUGGAGUCAGGAUUCGAGGGUGGAAGAUUGGUAAAUUGAGUCUUUCAAAGGAAAUAUUUGCUUCUGUUAUACCUCAGAAGCAGACACAACAGAAAUGGAAGUUGCAGAGAAGGACUAUUUCAAUGUCUUUAAUGUGUGGAUUAUUGCUUUUUAUGUUUGCUCUGGUUUCGUUGUUUACAAGUCCCUUGGUUGACCUUGAGAGGAAGCCACAUCAUUUUGCAAAGCAGAGCCCCUAUUUCAAAUUGCAGAAGAAAGCUUUGAAACGUUUAAGGGCAAUUUUGCGUAAUUCAAGUGGUGUGCCGGGUCGCCGUCGAGAUGUGUCGAUUGAUUUAUGGAAGUCACAUCAUUCGGACCUUUUCUAUGGUUGCAGUGAGAGAGGCCCUCAUUUUUCUUCUGCUGUUCGUGAGAAGUCGUCAAAUGGGUACUUGCUGAUUGCAACGAGUGGAGGAUUGAACCAACAGAGAACUGGGAUAACAGAUGCAGUAGUUGUUGCUCGAAUUUUGAAUGCCACCCUUGUGGUACCUGAGCUAGAUCACCAUUCUUUCUGGAAGGAUAACAGCAACUUCUUCGACAUUUUUGAUGUUAAUUGGUUUAUUUCUUCACUUUCAAAAGAUGUUACAAUUAUCAAAAAGAUCCCUGAUAAAGUAAUGAGAUCGAUGGAGAGGCCUCCUUACACAAUGCGGGUCCCACGGAAAUCGACAUCUGAAUAUUAUUUGGAUCAAGUUCUGCCUAUACUCCUAAGAAGACGUGUUGUUCAGUUGACUAAAUUUGAUUAUAGGCUUGCAAACAACUUGGACAAUGAGCUACAAAAGCUCCGUUGCCGAGUGAAUUAUCAUGCAUUGAGAUUCACAAAGCCAAUCCAGGAAUUUGGGCAAGAACUUGUCGAAAGAAUGCGAAAGAUGAGCCCGCAUUACAUUGCGGUUCAUUUGAGGUUUGAACCUGAUAUGCUUGCAUUCUCUGGAUGCUACUAUGGCUGGGGUGACAAGGAAAAGCAGGAGCUGGGAGAGAUAAGGAAGCGCUGGGCAACAUUACCCGAUUUGAGUCCUGAGGGGGAGGUGAGGCGAGGAAAGUGUCCUCUGACCCCUCAUGAGGUUGGUCUAAUGUUGAGAGCUUUGGGCUUUGGCAACGACUCCUAUUUGUAUGUGGCCUCCGGUGAAAUAUACAGAGGAGAAGAGACAUUGAGACCUCUUCGUGACCUCUUUCCUAACUUCUACACCAAGGAGACCCUGGCUGCUGAUCAAGAGAUUGCUUCCCUCCUGCCCUUUUCCUCACGCCUAGCUGCCAUUGAUUACAUAGUUUGUGAUGAGAGCGAUGUCUUUGUCACUAACAACAAUGGCAACAUGGCCAAGAUUUUGGCUGGUCGAAGGAGAUAUAUGGGGCACAAGAGGACCAUUCGACCAAAUGCAAAGAAACUAAGCUCCUUGUUCAAGGGCCGAGAAGAGAUGGGGUGGGAGACCUUCGCAAAGAAGGUAAAGGCUUGUCAAAGGGGCUUCAUGGGUGAUCCUCAUGAGAUGAGGCCUGGUCGUGGCGAAUUCCAUGAAUACCCUUCCUCAUGCAUUUGUGCAAAGGAGACAAGGGGUCCGCCUCCUCCAGGUCCCAUAAAUGGAGGCAAAAGUGUCAUGCGGGAGAGCGAGAUAAAUGAUGGGGAGGAAGCCGAGGAAAAGGUUGUUUCUAUUGAAGAAGAGGAGGGAGAAGAGCUGCUUUUAGAAUGAUGGUUUUUCAGUUGAGAAAGGGGUAAUGGAGAAAGAAGUGUACAUAACACAUGAGUGGUGGGAUGUGAUGUCUGCAUCUUUGUAGUAAAGGGCCUGUGAGGUGCGGUUGCUCUCUCUCUCUCUCUCUCUCUCUCUCUCUGUGAAAAGGCUGAGGUGCAAUUGGGUCAUCUGUUAUUUGUAUCUUAGGGAGAUGAUUGAAUCCAUUUGCACAUUGUUCGGUCAUGACAAACAGCCUCUUGGUUUGUUGGUCUCCCUCUGAUGUUGCCCAAAUAUAUGGUUAUGGCUCUCUCUCUUUCUCUCUCUCUCUCUUGUGGGAGUACCGAGCCAUUUAUGAGCCAUUCUCUUCCUUUAUUUUUUCUUGGGGGGAGAUAUGAUCUUAGUCCUUUUGGGUGACUCUCUCUCUUGAGGGCUUGUUACAUUUCACUGAAUGCUUACUUUGUAAGCCUGAGAGAAACAUUAACAUUUAUUUUGUAAUGCUGAAUUGUUUGCGUAAAAGCUUUGUUUAGGGUUUCAA